AUGACCGCAAAAUGGAACAGACUUCCUGUGCCACAGGAGAAAGUACCUCCCUUACUAUUUCAAUACACGUGGACCCGUCAAGGCUACGACCUAUAUGUGACAGAUCUUACCUUUAUCUGGUCCGAACGAUUAUCUCGCGAGGAGAUCCUGGAUCGUGGUGAUGAACGAGCCACCACGAUUGAUCCAAGCGAGGAUCCGAGUCAGCUUGAACUUCUGCUGCAGAAGGUUGGUGAGGCCCUUCGCGGUGAGCAAGGCACCGCUGUGACAAUAGGCAGUAGUGCUUCACCGGAUGCGCUGGAGCUCAACACGACCACCAAACUACCUGCUCCGUUGAAUUCGCUACGGUGGCAUAUGCAGCUGAAGAGAGAGUCUGCAUCCGCUGUGACGAGGCAUCUUGUCGUACCGCUUUUAAGAGGGGAAGCGUCUUGGGAAUCUCGUCGGCAGAACUUACUAGAACAAUUACGACAGAAGGACUGGAUUCUAGGAAAGCUUUUUAACAGGUUUGAAGCAUUAGGCGCGGAUCUAACUGCGGUAUUUCCAGGUGUCGCUGGCUUGCGCACCUCGAGAAAGGUGCAUUCAAGGUCAGAGGCGGCAAAAUUCAUAAAAGGUGUUGCUCCGUUUGACGAAAAGCACUGGGUUGCAGAUGUGGAAAGCUCUCCAAACAUCAACAUGGUGACUCACCUAAUCCGUGAGCUAGCAGGAUCAGGAAAUGAUCCCACCUUGGAGAAUCUCCGCGUCCCACAAGAAAAAUGGUGGUGUCUUCUCUCUCAACCCGCCAAAGACACUUCAUUUUCUCUUCAAAAAGCACAAAAUGAACAGUUCCAAGCGGACGUCGAUUUGGAUGGUGACACAGCUUCUAAUAGUGAAGCCGAUGAAUUUGAGCAACAAGAGGUGGUUCCACGACACCAGGCAACAGCAGAGAAGAGAGACGUCGGAUCUCCGUUUGAAACCACAAAGGGAACUGCUCGAAGUCUCGCAGCGGCUCAGCCAGAAGGUCAACAAAACGAGCCCACGGCAAAUGAGUCCGAGCUUGAACAUGAGCCUAGCCUUUCACCUCCACCUCGAAGAAGAGGAAGGACACCGGAAGCUCCGUCUCAAGUUCCGACCACAGAAAUCUCCCCGAAAUCACAUGCACGGGAACCUCAAAAGAAAAUCAAAAGGGGUCUUGGCAUCAUCGGAGGCAAGAAGAAGACAUCCCAGCCUGAGCCCGAGCCCAAGCCCGAGCCUCAGCAUGCGAGGUCCCCAUUCUCCGAAUCCACGUCAGAGCUUGAGCCUGAACAUAUCAAAACCCACGAUGAUAUCACCGCAUUCACUGUCAAAAAGCCCACACGACUAGGCAUGAUAGGUGGCAAAUCAAAGACAAAGCCGCCCUCGCCAAGCUCAGAUCAGCUCCCGAAGCAACUUGACUCUAUGAGUUCUUCUCCCACACAUGAUCACCCUCAACGAAAUCCAUCACUUAGUCCAGUCACAGACAAAGUUCCCUCGGCUAGCGUAGCUGCUAAGCCAUCUUCGUCAGUAAAGGAGCCUGCAAAGCCUGAGAUGGAAGAGACCGAAGAUCAGAAAGCUGCUCGAAAACGCGAAGGGCUGAAGCGGCAAUUGGAGGCAAAAAGUAAAGCCCCCGUGAAAAAGACUCGAAGGUUCUAG